AUGAAAUUGAAAAAAGAUGAAUUUAAACGUAGUCGUGGCCGAUCGAUCGUUGAGCUAUUGCAAGGACAACGAAAAAGUAUCAGCGCUUCUACAUCUCUUAAACCAAGCACAGUUGAUCAAUUACUCGAUGAAUGUGGUUCGUUUGGUCUCUAUCAAAUUGGUCAAUUCUUUCUCGUUGGUCUUCUCGCUGUUCUACCUGCUAUGGUUGCCUUCAAUUAUGUUUUUAUUGCCGCCACACCGGAACAUCGAUGCAAAACUCAUCCAAAUGACACAGAAUAUAGAACAAUCAAAUCUCGUAAUCCAUGUAGUAUAGAUUCUCCUACCAACAAAACAAUCAAAUGUCCUUAUGGCUGGGUCUAUUCACCUGAGCACUACGAGUCAACUAUUGUUACCGAUUGGACACUCGUAUGUGAUCGCCUUCAUCUUAAAGGUCUAACGCAAAAUUUUUAUAUAUUGGGUACGGGAUGUUCAAUCUUAAGUGGAAUCAUGUCAGAUAAACUUGGUAGACGAACGACGAUGUAUCUUCUCAUCAUUCUAAUGACAUUUACAUUGAAUAUUACACAAAUUAUGAUGCAUUCAACAACAAUGACACCCAACAUGAAAUUAUUAAUAUUUACUAUUUCAAGAUUUUUAACAGGUUUUUCACAGACCACAUAUUCGAUUACACUUGUACUUUUGAUGGAAAUAACAACGGCUAAUAAACGUAUAUUGCCAGGAUAUAUCCUGUCGUACUUUUUUGCAUUAGGUGAAUUAUUAGUGAUGUUAAUUUACUAUUACUUUCGUUCGUGGCUACUCACUCAAUGGAUUCUCACCAUCUACGUCAUGCCGUUUCUCUCCUACUACUGGCUUAUUCCUGAAUCACCUAGAUGGCUUAUCUCUACACGUCAAUUACCUCAAGCUAGACGUGUUAUACUACGAAUAGCUCGUGUUAACGGUCGAACAAUUGAAAAUGUUGAAAAAAAAUUUUAUGACGAUUUACAAAAAGAGUCAUACAAACAGACAAAGAAAUAUUCGUACACUCACGUUCUGUUUGGACUGAUCAAAUCGCCCGUUAUGAGAGAGCGAUGUCUCAUCCUCUUCUACAUCUGGUCAGUGAAUCUUAUGACCUAUUUAGGAGUCGGAAUGAGUAUCACAUCCCUUCAUCCAACAAGACCGUAUCACAUUUUUACCAUCGCAGCAUUUGCUGAAUUUAUUGGCUUAUGUCUGUGCCAUUUUUGUGCUCAUAGUCAAGCUCUCUGUUGGAUUUACACAGGAGAGUCUUAUCCAACCGUCAUUCGAUCAACAGGCGUGGGUCUCACAGUGAGUAUUGCACGGGUCGGAGGUGUAUGGGCACCACAAAUUAGUCUAUUGUCUCAAUCUAUUUGGCCCCCUUUACCUUAUUUAAUCUUCAGUGUUUUCCUAUUUGUGGCUGCUCUUCUCGCGCUAAGAUUACCCGAAACAAAAACAGAAACAAAAUCACUACCUGAUACCGUGAAAGAGGCAGAAAAAUAUCAACAGCAAUUAUCGACCAUUAUUGAAGAAGAGCCAACAACGCCAACAGAAAAACCAACUAUGAGCCCAUUGAUUGUUCAAGAUGAAAACGAAAGUUCGGAAAUAGAUCAAAACGACGAACUACUCAAGAGCACUUGA